UGGAUACACAGCGUUUGUUUUUACGCGAGGGGGAGGAAAAUCUGCUGUACUUUUGUGCAAUUUAAACAAACCAAAUAGGCAUUGCAGCCGAUGGAAGUGGACUCUGCAUCUCUCCAGCAGCACUAGGCAUCCCCUCCAGCCCGAUGCAGGCAGUGCGGGCCAGUCAGUAGGCCGGGAGAGCAAUCGACAGCGACAUCGACAUCUUUCAACCGCAGAUUCGCAGCUGCUGCUGUUUUGGAGUAGAGUGGCUAAAAUAAACCAGAGCACUCAGAUCCCGAUCCCCGCCGACUAUCCGACCACUCGAGAGCAGCAGCCCCAUUGUUCGGAGAUCGCCCGGCCAGAUCCCGCGCAGCGUUCUAAAAAUGGAGUGGACGCGCGAGAAGACCCUGCUGCUGAUCGCUGAGUACCGCAGCCGCCGCGGCCUGUGGGACAUGACGUGCGACGAGUACCGGAAGAAGGACGUCAAGCAGCGGCUCUUGAACGAAGUCAGCCAGGUGCUGGGCGGGAAUAUACCCGUCAACGAGCUGGAGAAGAAGUUCCACACGCUGCGCACGCAGUACCAUCGCGAGAUCAGUCGCAUGAAGCGCAAGGAGCCCUACAACUCCAAGUGGUUUGGCUUCAAGAACCUGGUCUUUCUCAGCUCCCCCUACGCCUGCCGCUCCACCAAGGGUCGCCUGAAGACCGAUCUGCAGGGCGACGAGCGCAAGUUUGCCCUGGGCGAGGUCUCCGCCGAUCAACACAGCGAUAGCAGCACCAAUCCGGCCAACCAAAGUAGUAGUAAUACCAACAUGAACGAGGAUUAUCUACGCAAGAGCCACGCCAGCAGUCGGGCCCAGGAGCUGGAGAAGCUGAUCGAGGAGACAACCAAAGACGUGGACGACAUCGAUGAGCCGGAGGAGCUGGAGGAGGGCGAGGUCAAGCCGAAGCAGCAAUCUAAAGAACUAAGCGUGCGCUUUGUGAGUCUCGCCGAGCCGGAGGAGACGGAGAAUCCGCUGGAGAAUCACCACCACCAGACGCUGAUAGACCUGCACCACCACCAUCACCCGGAGGCCGUGAGCUUUCAGGCCAACGAGAGCGGCGAGCUGCACUACCAGUCAACUCCAGCACAGCCCACGCGAAUCAUCAAGAUCCAGCGAAGGGAGACGGCUGGCGGGCAGGAUGAUAGCUACUUCGAGGAGCACACACAACUCCAUCCGCCGGCGGUGAAGCGUAUGUACUACGAGGCCAGUCCAGCAAACACCUCCAUUCUUUCGCCGGCACUGGAGGCCACUGCAAAUGGCACAACCACUUCUUCAGCCGGUGGCAUAACCAUGAGUAAUCUGCGGCUGCCCAAGGUGAACACGCCGCCGAAACCGGCACAAGCCAUCCCCAGUCCUCCUCCGCCUCCUCCGUCUGCCACCAUUGUCAGCCUGCCGGCGGCGCGCGAUGAGUUCGCCACGUACGGAGAGUAUGUGGCCAACGAGAUGCGCGCCAUCAGCAAUCGGGAGGUGCUCGUCGCCCUGAAACAUCGCAUCAACACGGCCAUCUUCGAGGCCAACAUGGCCGAGAUAUCCCCGAAAUAGAUUGAUUAACUACAACUUUAGGUUUAAGGCUGAAAAUGUAAAAUGUAAUGUGUCCUCUUGUCUUUUUGUCUUGUGUGUUUUUCUGUAGGUCGCGUCCCCUUGUCACUUGCAUUCUCGUUUCAAUUUGUACAUUUAACGUAUGUAUGUGUAUGUAACGAUUUAAAUACUUAAGCCAAAUAUAAAAUUUAGUGGAAU